AUGGCGGCGUCGUUUAGGUGGAUAUUGCAACUGCAUAAGGACGUGCCGAAGGCUGCGCGGUUCUACUCCGAAGGGUUGGGGUUCAGCACCAACGUGUGCACUCUCCGCUGGGCCGAACUUCAAUCUGGUCUUCUCCUCCUCGCCCUCUUGCACUCGCCCAACCCCAACCUCUACCACUUGGCCACAAGUGACCAAGUCGUGCAGAUCCAUAAGGGCUACUCUUCGCUUCUAUCAUUUACUGUAACAGACAUCAAUACUACAGUCACAAAAUUAAUGGCUUUAGGAGCUGAACUAGAUGACCCUAUCAAAUAUGAGAUCCACGGAAAGGUAAUGAAUGAUUCAUUUAACAUUUAAAUGUUCAAAGUUUUCAAUGUUUGAAUAAUGAAACAAGGUU